ACAUUUAAUUUUCCGCCGACGUUUGUUUAUUUCGACCAACCUGGAUUGUCUCGUGAUUAGUAAUAAGGAGUCACUAUAAUCCAAAAGGUUCCUUCUGAAGUAAAAUUCUAUUUUCUGAUUUCUCUAUGGUUUGCACAUAAUGUUAAGAUAUGCUGUAUUGCGGUGCAUCAAAUCAAUCGUAAGGCGUUGCAACUUCUUCGCCAACCAGGUGCUGAGGGUCCUGCAAUCCAUAAAUGCACGGAAAUUACUACGCUCUGAAAUGGUCUUUGGACGUCAUGAUUGUGAAAUGGUAGGUGAGUCGGGUUAUCAACUUAGGAAUUUGCCAAACAACCGCUCUAAGCGUAACGUAGGUAUCGACUGUGACUCCAAUACCUGUGUGCGUCAAGCUAAGCGUCCACGGCGAUCUGACUCAACCUCAUCGCAUAAAGAGAACAAUGGCCUCUGUUCGGCACCGAAAAACAGUUCCCCAUCUAAGUCUAGAGUACUUCCAUUAAGGAGCAUCCAUCCAAUGAAUACAAUAAAUGAAUCCACAAAUGUCUCAACGCUUGUUCGAAGACUUAAAGUACCUGGAGAUUCAAGUGAAACUACCACCCGGCUAACACGUUCGUGUAGUGUCAAAACAAGUCCAGUUGCCAUCCAAAAACGUACUUUGCGAAGCAGUCACCGACGCAGCAUUCAAACUAUUCCGAAUGCCAUAUUACAGGUUAGGCUGGAACGUUUCCCAGUUCAGUCUUGUUCUUGUAUACAGUCUGACUCAGUCGUCGGUUCGUGUAGUAGCAGUUUGGCGGAUGGAUCACAGACAGAAACAAAACCUUCAAGAGAGUUGCUACCCUUGUUCUCUCCAAGAAGGUUUAGUUCAGUUGGAAAAGAUCAGGCAGCUAAGCUAAAGCGACUAAACAGAAGGCGCAUGGAGUUCGACGUUCAAGAAUUAGGCCAGUCUUAUGGCUGCGAUCUUUCUCCUGCAUCCUCCGAUUCACUACUUAAUCAAUCUGUAGUGGGUGAUCCCCUGGAAAAAUUAUUGCGGUUAUGCGGCCAAACUGAGAUCAAGUCAUUCGAUGAAUAUUUUGACCGCACAAUAAUUGAAAGUAUGGUGAAAAUUGGCGAGGGUGUAUAUGGUGAAGUAUUUCAGUCACCGAAAGGCAAUGUGGUCAAAAUCUUCCCUGUGGAUGGAGAAAAUCUUGUCAAUGGUGAGAAGCAAAUGAAAUUUGGAGAAGUUUAUCCUGAAGUGUUCGUAUCGCAGAAGUUAAGUGAGCUUGCAUACAAGUAUCGACGUAACCGGUCAGUCAAUUUUGCUCAGCUAAAGAGAGCAACUGUUGUUCGAGGAAAACUACCUAAGGCUUUAGCUUCAAGUUGGAGAAAAUAUGAAAACCAACGGGGUUCAGAUAACGAAUGUCUGGACUUCUUACCUGCUGAACAACAAUGGAUGGUUUUAGAGUCUGAAUUCGCUGGAGAACCACUUUCCAAUGUACGAGAUGAUUCGAGGAUCAUGGGUCCAUGAGAUUCGCAUCCCAUAGGUGCUUUCCGCACUUCUUUGGAGAGCAUCGGUGCAACUUCUUAUGUAUGCGAGGCGUUUUCUUCAUGACCAGAAUACAACAGCACCUCUCCCGCAGCUUACGUCAAAUGGGUUUUGCUUGUUUCAAGAGUCGACAGGUUAUAUCUUAUCAUUUCUGCCGCUACUAGAAUGAUCCUCCCGGUCUCCUACAUUGUGCGGAGAUCCUAUGUACCUAUAUUAACUGUUGCUCUGGUUGUCAGGAGCGGCAUCGGCCUCGUGAUUUUCUAAGAAUCUCGGCUAUCGCCAUGAGGUGUGAUAACUAUUCAAAAUGAAGAACUCCCAACUUCUAAGGAAAAGUUUAGAUGGUGAAACUGUUUUUUCUGGUUAGCGUUUUUUGAGCAAGGUUCUUUUCUGCGAGAUGGGGUUUCUAGCCCCAUGCCCAGUCCUCCUUUAUCCGGGCUUAGAACUGGCAGUAAAUCUAGUAAGGCCCCGAACGAGAUUGUUGACACAAAGUGAAAAAAGGUUAGAUGAACCAAAAUAAUUUUAGUGGACUUCACUUUCUUUGAUACUCACUGUUCCCAAUCUGAGGACCGACUUUCUCGUUUUCACAGUCUCAAAUCGCAAUGAUUUACAUUUAUUUAGAAACUUUUACCAUAGUUUACUUACCAUUGCUAUUUAUAUGUUUCUUAAAGCUGAGUGAAAAUAUUUGUCUUGUGGUUACAUAUGCAGUUUGAACUCAACAUCAAUAGGUAAACAAUACUCUUGACUGUGUUUGGACAGUAUCCUGGGAAGUAGAAGUUUUGAUUGAAUCAGGUGUUAUAUAUGUUAGUACAGAUCUCGUCAGUAAUUUAAUUAAGUGGUAAUUUGGAUAUUACUUGUGUUAUACGCAGAAUCUUUCAUCACAGCAGUAUUAUCACGUAUAAACAUGAAAAAUGUACUCCCAGCUAUUAUUUGUGUAUACUCAGUUGAUCUUAGUGAUUUUAGUACUACAUGCUUUUCAUCGAUGUUACAUUUAUGUGUUUAUGAAGUUCAACACUUGUCGUGAAGCUCGUUCUGUGAUUGAACAGAUAGCAUUGUCCUUGGCUGCCGCUGAAUCUGCUCUUCAAUUUGAACAUAGAGACUUACAUUGGCAUAAUGUAUUGGUCCGACCUACUAGACAAUGGAAACUGCGCUAUCGUGUUGGGGGAGUGAGUUAUGCCGUUUUCACUGAAGGAAUACAAGUUACAAUAAUUGAUUUCACAGUAUCCCGUCUUUGUCAUGAAGGCAACAUUGUUUACGUUGAUAUGUCAGAGUCACCAGAAAUUUUUGAGUGUGAAGGGGAUUAUCAAUUUGACAUUUACCGUAUAAUGCGCAAAAACAAUGGGAAUGAUUGGCGCCCCUUUCAUCCAAGUUCCAAUCUUUACUGGCUUCAUUAUCUUAUGGGAAAACUUUUAAACGAAACAUCUUAUCCCAGACGUGAUCCUGAUUCUCAACCUGUGGAAUCUGAACUGCGCGCAUUAUAUGACAUGAUACUAGCAGGUGAUUAUAAUUCUGCCACACAACUUGUGAGCUCAAGUUUCUACUUCGAUGCUUGUCGAAUCGGUUAACAGGAACUCAGACGAAUUUCCCAAAACCUAUGAGAUCGUUCCUAUUUAGAUUCUUUCCGCCUUCUAAUCUUUCAUACGAAACUCUAUCCUUUUGUUUUGAUAAAUGAUAUGUGUAAAGUAGAACUCUUCCCAUUCACAUUGAGGAACGUUAGCUUUUUGAGAACUCGUAUCAUGAAGUUCGGUAAUUUUAGAGCAAUUUUUCCGGUUCCUUGACAUUUGUUCUAUGUUUGUGGUUAGUUUUGGAUAUUUUUUAUAGAUCUCGUUUCGAAACCGCUUUUGUAUGAUCAAAUAUUCAUUUGCCGGGUUACUUAUCGUUUGGUUACGAGUGUUAGCGCUUCCGCUGACUUCCACUUAUCAUGCCACAACUGGAUAUUUGGUUUGGCGGCUUUUCACUCUGACUUUAUGGAACGGCACAUAUUAUUUUCUUGCUACUUGAAGUUAACCAACUAUUCGUGCUUCCUUAAAAUACAGCAGAUCAAUAGAGGCGUACAACGUCCACUGAGCCCAAAUUCUAGUCAAUAUUUU